UUCAAACACACAGGGGUCCACUAUCUCCUUUCCCUAAAUUUCCUUUAUCACUAUUGUUUUUAAUUAAUUAAUUGUUUUUGUCUUUAUCAUCAUGAACGCAACAAGCAUUGGCUUGAUCUGAGAAAUUACCUUUUUUAUUUCCCAUCUUAAAUCCCCAAAGUUAGUUUCUCACACCACAUCAGAAAGAAAGCUUAAGGUUGCAAAUCGAAAAUGGAACCGAGAGGGAUUAUCAGUCCGAGAAGAUCUAAACCCAAAAAGACGCCACCCGCCCAUCUUCCUGGCAGCACAUCUGCCCCUGAAUUAACCAUUCAGUCAGAAAUUCCCAGUACCACAUCCAAUCGGCGCACAACUAAAUCAGCAAGUCAACCUUCGCCUUCAACCAAGAAAGGCAAAGCAGGUGGGAGUGGCUCUCGUAAGGAUGGUUCUGGUUCGGGUUCGAGUCAUAAAAAGAAUUCUGAUUAUUCUCCAAAUCAUUCUCCCAGCCCUGCCAAAACUCGUGAUCAUCUUCUUCAAAGUCCAUUACAACAACUUUCUAUUCACGACGUGAACGAUGUUGCGAAUAACGUCCAUCAAUCAAGAUCGAUACACAAAACAGUGAGUUCAGAUACAAUUAUUGAACAACAACAUAAUUCUGAAAGCAAUGCUGCAACAAUGUUAUUUAAAAUUUACGGGGUGAUUGCAUCUCAUCGUCAAGGAAACACAUCCAUUAAAUCUUACUUUAAAAACCUCAAGGCAUUAUGGGAUGAAGCUGCAGCUUCUUCAAUCCACACUAAUUCCCCUCAAUCUUCAUCCAAUAAUACAACUGUGGAGCAGAGUGGGCUCAUGGAAAGAGAAAAACUAAUGCAAUUUCUUUUGGGACUAAACGAUUCUUAUUCCUCACUUUGCUCCCAAAUCCUUCUUGAGAGGCCAUCUCCAACGGUGGACCAAGCUUAUUCUCUCAUAAUUCUAGAAGAAAAAACUAGGAAAUCCAAAAUGGCCAAAAAGAAUAUUAUGUAGUAAUGAUCAAAAUAAACAUGUUGCCUUGUUCAUCAACAAUGGUGAUGAUAAUGCUUAUUUUUUUCUUUUUUCUUCUUUUGGUUGAAUUGUAUUCUUAUGUGUUUCAUCAUUCCUCCUCCGUUGUUUGAGCUUUUUCUCUAGAUCCUCCAGAAUAUCAAUACUUGUAAACUCUUGGUAUAUUUUAAUGCAUCACUUUUGGGUUUCAGGUA